GUCUGCAGGUGGAGGUAUAUACGGUUGUGGUGACAUCAGGAGCGCUGGGGGAGGGGACAUUACUAUUAACCCCUUCAGGUUUCUCCAAUCCAGGAUCAACCAUGGAGAGAGACAGGAACAAGAUGGCCGACAGGAUCAUAAACCUCACCCUACAGAUACUCUUCCGGCUUACUGGAGAGGAUUACACAGUAGUGAAGAAGUCCUCUAGUGGGCGCUGUCGGGCCCCUGUGUGUGAAGGAUGGGGAAGAACCCUGAGCCCAAUCCCGGGGCCCCCACCUCACUCCCUGAUACAUGAGGAAAUGGAUGAACAGAAGAUCCGAGAACUCAUCAACAAGAUGAUGGAGCUGCUGACUGGAGAGGUUCCUAUAAGGUGUCAGGACGUGGCGGUCUAUUUCUCCAUGGAGGAGUGGGAGUAUGUAGAAGGACACAAGGAUCAGUACAAGGAUCAGGUCAUGAUGGAGGAUCAGCAGCCCCUCACAUCACCAGUCAGAUCCAGUAAGAGAACAGCACCAGAGAGGUGUCCCCGUCCUCUUCUUCCACAGGAUGAUCAGGGUGAAGAUCCGAACAAUAUUAAUGCUCCAGAGACAGAUGUGAGCAGUGAUGAGCAGUAUAAGGAGGACAUUCCUACAGGAAAAGAUCUGAUUUAUAAAAAUACUACAGACAUAAAGGAAGAAGAAGAGACAGAUGUGAGCCGUGAUGAGCAGUAUAAGGAGGACAUUCCAACAGGAAAAGAUCUGAACAAUAUUAAAGCUACAGACAUAAGGGAAGAAGAAGAGACAGAUGUGAGCGGUGAUGAACAGUAUAAGGAGGACAUUCCUACAGGUAACCACCCAGAUUCUUGUAGCAGGAGAUCAGAGGAGAAUCUUAUAUCUUCAGAUUAUAAAGCAGAUGAUGAUAUCACACAAGAUACAUAUGAAGAACAUUCCAUUAUCCCAGAUACACCCUCAGCCCUUCACAGCCAAGAUCUGUCAUCUCAUCCUUAUAUACAGGUCCUGUCUUCUCACUCAUCACAGGAUGUUCAGCAAAAAGAAAGUCAUAGAAGGGAUGUUGGACAUCAACGAGCUCAUACAGGAAAGAAACCAUAUUCAUGCUCAGAAUGUGGGAAAUGUUUAAUUAAGAAGUCAAGUCUUGUUGAACAUCAGAAAAUUCACACAGGAGAGAAACCAUUUUUAUGUCCAAAAUGUGGUAAAUGUUUUAUUCAGAAAUCAGCUCUUGUUCAACAUCAAAGAACUCACACAGGGGAGAAGCCAUUUUCAUGUUCAGAAUGUGGGAAAUGUUUUACUGCCAAAUCAAAUCUUCUUAAACAUCAGAGAAUUCACACAGGAGAGAAGCCAUUUUCAUGUUCAGAAUGUGGAAAAUGUUUUACUGAAAAAUCACAUCUUGUUAAACAUCAAAGAACACACACAGGGGAGAAGCCAUUUUCAUGCUUAGAAUGUGGGAAAUGUUUUACUUUUAAAUCACAUCUUCUUGUACAUCAAAGAAAUCACACAGGAGAGAAGCCAUUUUCAUGUUCAGAAUGUGGUAAAUAUUAUACUGAAAAAUCAAAUCUUGUUAAACAUCAAAGAACACACACAGGGGAGAAGGCAUUUUCAUGUUCAGAAUGUGGGAAAUGUUUUACUGAAAACUCAUGUCUUGUUCAACAUCAAAGAACUCACACAGGGGAGAAGCCAUUUUCAUGUUCACAAUGUGGGAAAUGUUUUACUAAGAAAUCAAAUAUUGUUAAACAUCAAAGAACUCACACAGGGGAGAAGCCAUUUUCAUGCUCAGAAUGUGGGAAAUGUUUUACUUUCAAAGGAGAUGUUACUCGACAUAAAAAAACUCACACAGGAGAGAAGCCAUUUUCAUGUUCAGAAUGUGGAAAAUCUUUUACUGUAAAAUCACAUCUUGUUAAACAUCAAAGAACUCACACAGGGGAGAGGCCAUUUUCAUGCUUAGAAUGUGGGAAAUGUUUUACUUUUAAAUCAAAUCUUCUUGUACAUCAAAGACAUCACACAGGAGAGAAGCCAUUUUCAUGUUCAGAAUGUGGUAAAUAUUAUACUGAAAAAUCAAAUCUUGUUAAACAUCAAAGAACACACACAGGGGAGAAGCCAUUUUCAUGUUCAGAAUGUGGGAAAUGUUUUACUGAAAAAUCAGGUCUUGUUCAACAUCAAAGAACUCACACAGGGGAGAAGCCAUUUUCAUGUUCACAAUGUGGGAACUGCUUUACUAAGAAAUCAAAUAUUGUUAAACAUCAAAGAACUCACACAGGGGAGAAGCCAUUUUCAUGCUCAGAAUGUGGGAAAUGUUUUACUUUCAAAGGAGAUGUUACUCGACAUAAAAAAACUCACACAGGAGAGAAGCUAUUUUCAUGCUCAGAAUGUGGGAAAUGUUUUACUGAGAAAUCAAAUCUUGUUAGACAUCAAAGAACUCACACAGGGGAGAAGCCAUUUUCAUGUGCAGAAUGUGAGAAAUGUUUUACUCAGCAAUCAAAUCUUGUUAAACAUCAAAGAACUCACACAGGGGAGAAGCCAUUUUCAUGUGCAGAAUGUGGGAAAUGUUUUACUCAGCAAUCAAAUCUUGUUAAACAUCAAAGAACUCACACAGGGGAGAAGCCAUAUUCAUGCUCAGAAUGUGGGAAAUGUUAUAUUUCUAAAUCAGAGUUUGUUGUACAUCAAAGAACUCACACAGGAGAGAAGCCAUUUUUAUGCUCAGAAUGUGGGAAAUGUUUUACUUCUAAAUCAGUUCUUGUUAAACAUAAAAAAACUCACACAGAAGAGAAGCCGUUUUCAUGUUCAGAAUGUGGGAAAUGUUUUACUUUUAAAUCACAUCUUGUUAGACAUCAAAUAACUCACACAGGAGAGAAGCCAUUUUCAUGUGCAGAAUGUGGGAAAUGUUUUACUCUCAAACCAAAUCUUUAUAAACAUCAAAUAACUCACACAGGAGAGAAGCCAUUUUCAUGUUCAGAAUGUGGUAAAUGUUAUACUGAGAAAGCAAAUCUUGUUUACCAUCAAAGAACUCACACAGGGGAGAAGCCAUUCUCAUGUGCAGAGUGUGGAAAAUGUUUUGCUAAGAAAUCAAUUCUUGGUGAACAUAAACGAACUCACACAGGGGAGAAGCCAUUUCCAUGUGCAGAAUGUGGGAAAUGUUUUACUCAGAAAUCAAGUCUUGUUAAACAUAAAAUAACUCACACAUGAGAGAAGUCAAUUCAGAGCAGUAAAUGAUGCAGAUAACACAUCUAUAUAUUAUCCAUGUACAUAGGAUAUCUGACAUUUAUACAUAUAUCAUAUACUGCAUCUCCAAACUUGUUACCAAUUGUUAAUAAAAGUUU